AUAGAAUUUUGUGGCUAUUUUUACUCGAAUUUAAUUUGUUUUUGUUUUUUUUUAAAUCAAUAAUAAUUUAAAAAUUUCAAUUUUUCCAAAUCAAAAUAAAAACAAAUGUUUGCCAUUAAUCAAAAUUAUGAUUCCAUUGAUGGUGAAUUAAUCCGGAAAGCAAGAAAAACUUGUGAUAAAAUAACCGAAUCAAUAUAUGUCACUGCUAAUGAACCUACGUUAGCAUGUUACCGGAUUCAAGAACACAUACAUCGUUCAGUUCCAGUUCUGGCACAGAAAAAAGAUGAAAUGAUACGAAAUGAAUCCAUUUUAAAAGGAUUAUUAUAUGAUAUAGAAUAUACAAAAGAUUCUAUUGAAUCUCUUAGCGGUUCCAAAGAUUCGUUGGAUAAUAUUCAACGUCUUUUGAAAGAUUCUAUUUAUUUUAAACAACAAGCUGAUUAUGAUGAAAAUGUACGACGACGUGUUCAGGAAAAACUUAGAAACACCAUUUCGACCGAACUGCUACCAUCAUCUCCUCAUCAGCCAAAAAACGAUUUGAAAUCAGAAACUUCCAGUAAAUCAACGGCUAAUGAUGCUUCACAACAGAAACAAUCAACACAUAGGAUUCGGAUAUCGAAUUCCAAUCGUUUUAAUCGAUUUUCAACUUCAUUCGAUUUUUCUCAUUCAUUACCGAUGGUUGCGUCAUCUGUCAGUGCUGAUCUUCGAUCAUUAAUCAAUCAAUUUACCAGUAAAGAUUCCGGUAUUAAUAAUCAACAAAAUAUCGUAUCAGAUAAUGGUCAAAAACCGAACACUGUUACAACAUCAAAAUCAUUGUAUACAUUACAAGAAAAUCUUAAUCUAACUGAAGAUGAAAAUUCUCAGACAACAAAUUCACAAUCGAAGAAGCCAGAAGAAUGAGUGAAUGAUUUUUUUUGCCAAUUGUGUAAUUUUUAUUUUUUAUAAAUUCUUUGUAUCAAAAUUCGUGCUUGUGUGUGUGCUUUGUAAAUAUGAAAGAAAAAACGGUUCGACAAUAAAAUUUACAGAUGGAGUGUUUUAAAUCUA